AUGAAAGAGGGUUUGAAGUUUUAUACCAAUCCUUCAUACUUCCUUUGACUGUGGAGAAAAAUGUUGCAGGACACUGAGGACAAAAGAAGAAAGAGGAAGCAGAAGCAGAAAAAUCUAGAUCGUCCUCAUGAACCAGAAAAAGUGCCAAGGGCACCUCAUGACAGACGGAGGGAGUGGCAGAAGUUAGCCCAAGGUCCGGAGCUCGCAGAAGACGAUGCUAACCUCUUACAUAAGCAUAUUGAAGUUGCUAAUGGCCCAGCUUCACAUUUUGAAUCAAGAUCUCAAGCAUAUGUGGACCAUAUGGAUGGAUCGUAUUCUCUUUCUGCAUUACCCUAUAGCCAGAUGUCUGAACUUCUGAACAGAGCUGAGGAGCGCGUGUUGGUCCGGCCACAUGAACCACCACCACCGCCUCCAAUGCAUGGAGCAGGAGAUGUGAAACCUGUGCCUCCUUGUGUUAGUUCCACACCUGGCUUGGUAGAAAACCGUCCUCAAUCACCAGCAACAGGCAGAACACCCGUGUUUGUGAGCCCCACUCCUCCUCCUCCACCACCACCACCUCUUCCAUCUGCUUUGUCCACUUCGUCAUUAAGAGCUGCAAUGACCUCCACUCCUCCCCCCCCGGUCCCACCUCCUCCACCCCCUCCUGCUGCUGCUCUGCAGGCUCCAGCCGUGCCACCUCCACCAGCACCUCUCCAGAUAGCUCCUGGAGUCCUACAUCCAGCUCCACCUCCAAUUGCUCCUCCCCUAGCACAGCCCUCUCCCCCUGUCACUAGAGCUGCACAAGUGUGUGAAGCUGUACCAGUUCACCCAGUUCCUCCCCAAGGUGAAGUACAAGGACUUCCUCCACCACCCCCACCUCCUCCCUUGCCUCCUCCUGGCAUUCGACCCUCCUCUCCUGUCACGGUUGCAGCCAUUUCUCACCCUCCCCCUGUUCUGCACCCUCCUCCCACAACCAUUGUCCCUGGCCCUCAUGCCCCCCUGAUGCCUCCAUCUCCACCAGCCCAAGUGAUUCCUGCUCCUGAACCCAAACGCCAUCCUUCAACUCUUCCUGUGAUCAGUGAUGCUAGAAGCGUUCUGCUGGAAGCAAUACGAAAAGGUAUUCAGCUGCGCAAAGUUGAAGAGCAACGUGAACAAGAAGCUAAACAUGAGCGUAUUGAGAAUGAUGUUGCUACUAUACUUUCUCGUCGCAUUGCUGUGGAAUACAGUGAUUCAGAAGAUGAUUCAGAAUUUGAUGAAGUGGAUUGGUUAGAGUAAAACUAAUACAUUGCUGUACACUACAAAAUCGAAUGCUAAUGUCCAUUGUGGUGCUUGUUCUUUGAAAGUUUGAUGGUCAUUUCUAGUGUUUUUUGUAUUCUUUUCUUUACAUAAUUAAUCCAUGUUUUUCUACUUUUCAGUUUACAAAAAACUCCUAGUGCAUCUUUGAAACUAAAUGUUUUACAGUGGCUUUUAUUACACAUCUUUUUUUUUUUUUUUUUGAAGGAACGUACUUUGUUCCAAUAGACCACUAAGUAUUAAGCAUGGGCAGCUGUUGUUAGAGUAGCAGUUUCAAUUUUUUGGCAUAUCUUAACUGUGCACUUUGUGAAUUUUAAGUUAAUGAAGGCAACUGAGAUUGACAUUCCGAGGGCAGCUGUAUGUACUAAUGAGCCUUAUUCCACUUCUAGAAUGUUUUAAAAACAUUAAACCUAGCUAUCAAGAUAUCACUGCCUCAAUUACAUCUGUACACUAAAAGUACAUAUAGUUAGCAGCACUGAACACACUGAAAGGAAAAUGGAUUUGGGGGUUUUUAUUAUUGUUUUAUUGUUGUUUUUAAAUAAUUAUGGCCUUAUUUGAAUGUUUAGAGAUUCCCUUUCCCUUCUUCCCUCCCAGGUACAUAUUGUGUGGUACUAUUUUUGCCUGCAUAAUAAAAGUUUAAUUUUUUUUUCUUUGUGAAAUCUUCUGACUUAAACAUGCUGUGUAACUUAUGUAACUGUUAAAAUAACAGUUAGAUUUAAUAAAUGGUUCAUUUUAAA